CUGGGCGUCAACUCGCAAGUAAACCUGCUUAUAGAUUGAGCUCUAUGCAGUAAUUCUUGAACAUAUGGACAUAAUGUAAAGGCACUGAACGCAGCCUCUAAUAAAAUGAACUCGCAAUUGUUAGGCUCCUAAGGGGCGUCAAUUACAAGCGAAAGAAUGAAGAACUAGUUUUGGUAGGGAGUUGACUCUCACUGCAACGUGGUCUUGCUUUCGCAAGGCCCAAGCAACACUCAAGAGGAAAACUUGAUCGCUGUGCUGUGGAUGGCAUCGGCUUGGUCAUGUACUCCACUUGCUGCUUGUUCAUUCUGGUAAACAUGCACAUGCCAAUCUGGUUGAGAUUGUGAGUCCAGUCGCCUGGUGUUUUCCUGGCUUUCAACGCAUCGAACAGCUAGCUGGUGGCGCAUGCUGAUGAUUCGGUCCGCCAUCGCUGUCAGCUCCACUUUCCAGUCGUCGUACAGAGCGGGGCUAUGAAGUAGAUGAAGAAUUAGAUGAAGAAUGGUCGACACGAUAGCAGCUCCGUAGGUAGGUGGGCUGGAGUACAUAGGUCGAAUCACGAGUUUCAGCUGGCUUUCCACACGAGCUGCGACUCAGGAGUCCCUCACCAAAAUGCUCAGGGCUCCGACUCGUUCUCCAUACAAACCAUGUUCCAUGUUCUUGGCAUAGCUCUGGGCGAUGAAGGGUUUCCCUGCGACAAACCUGCGAACCGUGAACGCGUCGGUGUGCAAGCUUCCGCUGGAGAAAUUCUGAUAGGCGCUGUCGAAGAAGGGCAGCUGAUGCUUGUCAUUUCAGAUGUCGCAGGCCCUCACACUCCUCCUGAGUGAGAUCUACGCCAGGGGGAUUGUGCGCGCAAGCGUGCACCUACAUCACCGAUCCAGUGGGUGCUGCUCUCAAAUUGUCCAUCAUGCCCUCGUGGUCCAGUCCUCGGGUCUUGGGGUUGUAAUAUCGGUAGGUUCUGGUUUCCAACCCAGCGAGUGGGAAAAUCUUGAAGUGGUUGCCCCAUGUCCAAGAUGUAAUUCGAGUCUCUUGUCAAAAACUUCUCCCCAGACAAAGCAGAAAUGGACAGUUAGUCGAGUCUUUUUUCUUGCUGAGGACAGAAACUAUCAUAAGUGUAGCAUCCUCUACACCUGCUAUGUCCACAUUCUAAUCCUGUGUACCAUUCCCUGCAUCAGCUAAGACGAAAUCUUUCUCAAUUUCAUCCGCUGCUAGAGAAUCUCGUACUUUCCCGGACACUGUACAUUGAAUGUUUCCUCCUUCACAACCUCCUGUUGGAGAGUCUUCGGAACCAGGUUCUGUAUAUUCUCCAGAACCUUCAUAGUUCUCAGUUUUAUUUUCCUGUACAGAACCUUUGUAAUCCUUUACAAAGGUAUUGUUGACACCUUUGGUUGGGGGUUUGAGGGUAUCCGAGCGUCCUUCUUCUGCUACUACACCUUCACCUGAUUGGUUUCCUCGUUCUAGUUCGCAAUCAGCCAGUAGCAUUUUGAGGCCGGAAAUCUCCUCCAUGGAUAUCUUUCUCCCACAAAAAUUUCUGGACUUCCUCUCCAUCAGAUCAGGAGUAGAAGUGAAAUGUGCAGACGGGAUCUGAACAUUUGUUGUGUUCCAAACCCUGCGGGCUUGGUGAAAAACCUCAACAUCUCUGUGAGUUGUAUACAUAGGUGGACUGCUAUGUGUACAUCUCUCUAGCAGAAGUGGAAGUCCUCUCGAACUUGAAUAUAUCUCUGUAGUCCUUUUUGUAAAUUUGUCUAGGAAGCGGAAUAAAUAUGAAGCCAUGUCUUUCUGAUAGAUGCGAUGAUCUCAAAAUAAGAAUCUCUUUGUACAGUACACUCUCUCAAUGAUUCCCG